CCCCUUCACAGUAGAUUAAAAGCGGAGAAGGGGAAUGAGUACACGAAAGGUAGGAAGACAGACGCCAGCUUCCUGGAGGACGUGCAGCUAGGCAGCAGCGUGCACACGCUCCCUGUGCAGGUUGCGUCCUUCGCUCGGUUGCACUGGCCCGGUCCUGUAGGUUCGUCCCCACGCCUCCCGCGCGCCGCCUCCCAAAAGCCAUCGUGCUGCUCAGAAGCGCUCGAUCCGUUCGCACUCGGGACAGCAUGACAGGAGGCAUCAAAGACGAAGCACCUGAGGAUUUCCCCCACUCGCCAUUCAUAAGGAAACAAGGAAAUAUAUACAAACCUAAUAAUAAAACUAUGGAUAACGACAGCAUUCACGAGAAGACCCUGGAAGAUGUUCACACGAAGGAAAUUGACCUGGUUAAUCGGGACCCCAAGCACUUAAAUGACGAGGUGGUGAAGGUGGACUUCGAAGACGUGAUCGCCGAGCCCGCUGGCACCUACAGCUUCGACGGCGUGUGGAAGGCCAGCUUCACCACCUUCACCGUCACCAAGUACUGGUGCUACCGGCUGCUGACGGCGCUGGUGGGCAUCCCCCUGGCCCUGGUCUGGGGUAUCUUCUUCGCCAUCCUCUCCUUCCUGCACAUCUGGGCCGUGGUUCCAUGCGUCAAGAGCUACCUGAUCGAGAUCCACUGCGUGAGCCGGGUCUACUCCAUCUGCAUCCACACCUUCUGCGACCCCUUCUUCGAGGCCAUUGGCAAGUGCUUCGGCAGCAUGCGUAUGCGGCUGACCAAGGAGGUGUAACGCAGGGAACGGACCAGUCGAAUGCGGUCAAAUAUCCAAUUUGAGCAGGGGCAGGUGUAGGGAGGCUGCUUGUAUAUCUAACUGCCCCCCUACCCCACACAAGCUCCUAAUUAGCUCCCCCUGACCACAGAUGCAGGAAGUCAGCAGUCAUGACUUCCUGUCCUAGUAUUACCCUUUCUACAGUUUUUUUUUCUUCCCCAAGCUUUUAAUGGGACUCCCUCCACAUCUUUAGCUAAUUUACUUUGCAAGGGGCGAAGUUCUGUUGCGGGAUACUAAAGGAGAUGCGCAGAGAUAAAGGUUCCCCCGACGGUGGUGAACGCAGACGAGUUCAUCGCUUUAUGAGAAACUCGUAGUUUCAAUGACGAUUCUAGGCACCCUGCCACAAGCUUGUAUUUCCUGUUUUCACGCCACAUAGCUAGACCCGUAAGCCUAACUCAAAACGCCAUUGCAGAGACCUCGCACGAAGCUGUCAUAUCUUACUCAAGUGGGGCCUCACCUUUCCACGCCUAUAAAAUCACUGUAAACACGAGGUUGGCCUCGGUCUUGCUGUAUUCGCUGAUAGUCGAGUCCUUACUAUUCUAUGUAUAUUAAAUGAGAUGAAACGCCUCACUCAUUCUGAGCACAGACACUGGUUGGGACCUCUUCAUAUAUCAGUCUUAAAUGUUCCUUCACUUUCAUGUGAAGACAGUUAGAUGGGUGCUUUUCGCAGAGACCAGCUCACUUUGACAUCGCGACUGCACACCUACUAUCCUUGAAGAGCGUAGUUUGAGUAUUUUUUAUGUGUAUUGGAGUUUACCUGCUUUUACUGUAUUUCUACAACCUGAGCACAUUAAAAUCUGCUUUACCUGUC